GAUUUGACCACAGUAAACAAGGUUUUUUUUUUCAGUGGUGGGAUUCGUUGCAUGCUAUAAAGCUGGUUUCUUUCUGUUCUUUCUUCCUAAUUAUCAAAAGGGUUGCACUAGUUUAAUCAAUGCGUAGAGAAAAAUGGGGUGUGGCACGUUUUUUUGUGUCUGGCAGGUUGGACUGAUUGGUAGAAGGUUAUUUUAACCUCUUGGAUGUGAUUUGCGAUAUGUCGAAUUGUUUUUGGUGAUUUGGAUCUUACGAAGAUUGUAAUUCUUUUUAUUUAACUGUGUUGAGGAAGGAGGAAACGAUAGUUGAAGAAGCAACAUUGGGAGUUGGAGGUAGUUGAGGGAUUUUUGAUGUGUUUUGAGUUUCUUAUUGAGUGAAUGGAUUGAAGAAGCUACGCAUAGGGAUAAUGUUGAAGUCAGUGUCAUUUGGACUGUUGUUAACUUGGUUUGUGGUGGUGACAUGUGUGUAUGGAACAGAUGUUCAAAGAUGUAACUGUGAUGAUGAGUGGAGCUUCUGGACUAUUGAUACCAUUCUGGAGUGCCAAAGGGUUGGUGAUUUUCUGAUUGCUGUGGCCUACUUCUCCAUCCCUGUUGAGCUGCUUUACUUUGUUAGUUGCUCAAAUCUCCCAUUCAAAUGGGUCCUCUUUGAGUUCAUUGCUUUCAUUGUACUUUGUGGGAUGACACAUUUGCUGAAUGGGUGGACUUAUGGUCCCCACACUUUUCAACUGAUGGUGGCAAUCACUGUGUUCAAAAUUCUCACUGCCUUGGUGUCAUGUGCCACUGCUCUAACUCUCCUCACUCUGAUCCCUCUGCUGUUGAAAGUGAAGGUUAGGGAGUUUAUGCUGAAGAAAAAGACCUGGGAUCUUGGCAGGGAGGUUGGCUUCAUAAUGAAACAGAAGGAGGCUUCGGUUCAUGUAAGAAUGCUUACUCAAGAGAUUCGAAAGUCCUUGGAUAGGCACAAGAUUCUGUACACCACCUUGGUUGAACUCUCCAAGAUACUUGGUUUGCAAAACUGUGCAAUUUGGAUGCCAAAUGAUGAGAAAACUGAGAUGAACCUUACUCAUGAAUUGAAUGGGAGGAAUGCCAACUGUUCUAUUCUCAUAACUGAUCCUGAUGUUGCCAGAAUCAAGGGGAGUGAUGAAGUGAACGUGAUUGAUUCUGAUUCAGUGCUUGCCACUGCCAGCAGUGGAGAUUCUGGUGUGGCAGGACCAGUUGCUGCAAUCCGAAUGCCAAUGCUUCGGGUUAGCAAUUUCAAAGGGGGAACGCCGGAGCUGAGGCAAACAUGUUAUGCCGUGUUGGUUUUGAUUCUCCCUGUCACUGAGGCUAAAUCAUGGAGCACUCAAGAGCUGGAGAUCAUCAAGGUGGUUGCUGAUCAGGUGGCGGUGGCUCUGUCUCAUGCUGCAAUUCUUGAAGAGUCUCAUAUGAUGAGAGGGAAGUUGGAGGAACAAAAUCGAGCAUUGCAAGUGGAAAAGAUUAAUGCUAUGAGGGCCAACCAGGCCAGAGCAGCAUUUCAGAAAGUGAUGAGUAAUGGAAUGGGAAGGCCUAUGCACUCAAUCUUGGGGCUGCUUUCAGUGAUGCAGGAAGAGAAUUUAAAGCGAGAACAGAAACUCGUUGUGGAUUCUAUGUUCAGAACCAGCACUGUCAUGUCAAACCUGCUGAAUGAUGCCAUGGACUGGUCAUCAAGGGAUGAUGGAAGAUUCCCUUUGGAGAUGAAGCCUUUUGGACUGCAUGCUAUGGUGAAGGAUGCAGCUUGCUUUGCCAGGUUCAUGUGUGUUUAUAGUGGCCUUGGCUUUGUUGUUGAUGCUGAUAAGUCUUUGCCAGACAAUGUUAUAGGUGAGGAAAAGAGGGUCUUCCAAGUGCUUCUGCAUAUGGUUGGGAGUGCAAUAAAUUGUAACCGAGGAGGAGGGGUUCUUGUGCUCCGAGUUUAUGCAGAAACUGGAAGUCAAGGGAGGAGUGACCAGGGUUGGACAAAUUGGAGACCAAGCUCUUCAAAUGGGGAUGUAAAUAUCAGAUUUGAGAUAGGGAUCAAUACUGGUGAUUCUGAAAUGGACAAUCCAGUUCCUUCAGGGCACCUUCCUGGUACAAUGCGUGCUACUGAUACGGUUGAGCAAAGAUUGAGCUUCAGCAUUUGCAAGAGGAUAAUUCAGUUGAUGCAAGGAAACAUAUGGUUUGUACCAAACGGUGAAGGUGAUCCUCAGGUAAUGGCCAUUUCUCUACGGUUUCAAGUGAAGCGAUCUGUUGCUGUGUCCAUGAGUGAAACUGGGGAAAGUUCUGAGGCGUCAAAUUCGAACUCAUUUUUCAGAGGUCUACAAGUGUUGUUGGUGGAGAACGAUGAUGUAAAUAGAGCAGUGACUCAGAAGUUGCUGCAGAAACUAGGGUGCUGUGUGACUUGUGUUUGUUCUGGAAUUGAAUGUCUGAGUGUGAUUGGAGCUGGUGGAUGCUCCUUUCAAGUGAUUGUUUUGGAUCUUCACAUGCCUGAGCUUGAUGGGUUUGAAGUUGCAUCAAGGCUUCGCAAGUUCGGCAGCAGAAACUGGCCGGUGAUUGUGGCCUUGACUGCAAGCACAAAAGAUUUCUGGGAAAAAUGCAUGCAAGUUGGCAUCAAUGGAGUCAUAAGAAAACCGCUUUUGCUGCAUGGAAUUGCCGCUGAACUCAGAAGAAUCCUGUUGCAGGGAAAUACUGUCAUGUGAGGAUUAAGCCCUUGUAACAUGUUAAAAUAUAAACUUUUAUACAAAAUUUUUUUCAGCCA